CGUCUCAGGGAUAAAUUCGAGCGGCAAGUUGAGAAGGCUGGCCUCGAUGCCGUCUCCACACUUGUCGUAAACGACGCGGAGCUGGAUCCAAAGGCAUACCUUGAUGCGUUGUUGGAGGUCCACACCAAGUAUUCGGCGAUCGUGACGCAGCAUCUGUAUGGAGAUGUUGGAUUUGUUGGCAGUCUGAGUAAGGCGUGCAUAGCCUUCAUUAACCAAAAUUCGAUGACGGCGACCAUGAGCAGUAAAUCGCCAGACUUGUUGGUCAGAUACGCAGAUCGGUCACUCCGAAAGGACAACUCAACAGAAGGAGCAGACAUAGAGGGAGCCUUGGAUCGUUUGAUGACUGUCUUCAAUUACUUAGAGGAUAAGGAUGUCUUUUCGCACUUUUAUGCUGCGAGGCUGUCGAAACGUCUUAUAUACGGCGUGUCGGCUUCCGAUGAAAGGGAAGCUGACAUGAUCUCCAGACUCGGAAAGGCCUGUGGCGCCGAAUAUACCAGCAAGUUGCGGCAGAUGUUAACGGACGCAACAAAAUACUACCAGAUGAGACAUUCGGGCCGGAAGCUGACUUGGCUGUGGAAUUACUCGAGGAACGAGCUCCGGACGAACUACCUUGACCAGAGGUAUAUCUUGAUGACGAGCUCGUAUCAGAUGGCUAUCCUGCUUCUCUAUAAUAGUCACAAUCUGCUUUCUUUGUCUGAGCUCAUCACGGCGACAUCGAUUCCGAAGGAGAUCAUUACCCAAGUCCUUGCCGUCCUUGUCAAUGCGAGGAUCCUCGUCGACGAAGAGUCUGAGCAGUACGGUCUUAACUCCAGUUUCAAGUCGAAGAAGAUCCGAGUCAAUGUGAAUCAGCCUAUCAAGGCCGAAGGAUCUGGACAAACAGAGGUGAUGAGAGCCGUGGAGGAGGAUCGGAAGUAUGCUAUCCAAGCUACCAUUGUCCGGAUCAUGAAGGCACAGAAGUCGAUGACGAACCAACAACUUGUCCAGGAGGUUGUUGAACAGGUCUCCCAACGAUUCACACCUCAGAUUCCUAUUAUCCGAAAGGCUAUUGACAUCCUUCUCGAGAAAGAAUACCUCACAAGAGAAGGAGACGCCUUGAUACGUAGCGUAGAAUUAUUCUCUCCAGCGAGACCCGUUCAUCUGUUUACGUUCUUUCUGAGAUGCUUCAAGUUCAACUCAGGCACGUAG